GUGUUUAGCAUUAGCUGCGGUCCGAAAAUUAAAUGUCGACUCUUUUGUCAGCUGUGCGGCCGACCUGCGCUGGCCUGGUUCCGUGAACAACUUGUUGCCGCCCGAGUACCGUCCCAAAGCCCUAACUUCCAGGUCUCCUCGCAAUGGGCGGCAGUGUCGACGACAGCCUGCUUCGGCUACGGCGCUUCCUGCGCACGGGCCUCGAGGGCAGUCGCUACCAGGCCGGCGGGGUGGGUGCAGCCGGUGCCAAGUUUUCGAGCGAGUCCGCGCCGACACUGCACGCGCUGGUUGAGGGGACGAUGGCAGCCGUGGUGUUGCAGGAACUCCUCCGACUGGUCGACAACACCGACGAGAACUCUCCGCGGCAGGCAGCGUGCCCAGAAGCCAUAGCGUAUGCACUGGCACUCUGUGCGGCCUCGGACCAUCGACCCACCAAGGCAGCUGCUUACACUGCUUUUCCACAGAUCUGUAAGUGCCCUGCGCAGCUUUUUGCGGUCACCCGCUAUCUAGAGGAGGUGAGCGAGGGAACGGGCUGGGGCCGUGCUCACCGGCGAGCCGUGUCCCGGUGGUACACGGCUACGGAGGGCAGUGGAGCCCGGCAGCUGGCGGCGCAGACGACGCGUGUGGUGCGGCGACACCGGUGGACGCACGCCGAUCUGCUGCGGCUUGCGCACGUCAGGCCACCGCAGCACCGGCCAGGUGUCGCCGUGGUGCUCCGCUACCUGGCGCGCGGCCUUCCAGCUGCUGCCAAGAUGGUGGAAGAGAAGGAAGCGGAAGGAGGCAGCGUUGAGGAGGCUUGGGAGGCCCUGGCCUAUCUGCAGGCAGUGCACGAGGUGCGGCACACCAAGGAUGAGCAAGUGGCCGCACGCCUCUUGGAGGAGCACCAGCUUGCCCUUGAGCACGUGCCCUCACACCUUCUGCGCUCCAAGGAGGUGUGGCUGUGUCUUGUACGCCGUUUGCCCCUGGACGAAUUGGUGGCACACGUGCCACGACUGUCGAGGGGAGGUCUGCUUGCGAGAGGUCCCCUGGUGGGGGCAUUACGAGAGCGUUUACGGUCGGCGUCCGAGCAGAGCCCUCCCCGGCUGGGACCUCUGGAGACGUACGCCCUCAAGCGCAGCCUGGAGGCCGGACGUCCGAAGCACCACCAUCACCACCACCACCGCUCGUCGUCGCACCAGCUGGACGAUGUUGUGGCAGCAUUGCAUGAGCACUCGUUCAAGGCAGUGUCGCCAACGGGGAAGCGCUACCUGGUGGCAGUGGACGUCCGGGGCCCCAUGACCCACGGGCGCACGCGUGGUCUCGAUGGACUGACGCCCGCGGAGGUGUCGGCGCUGAUGCUGCAAGCACUGGUGCGCACGGGGGAUGCAGUCACCGCAGUGGCCUUCUCCGCGAGGGGCCUGACACCGCUUGAUGUGGAUGGCCAGAUGAGUCUGGCCGACAUAAGCCGCCGCAUGCGGGAGACACCCAUGGGUGCGGUGGAUGUGUCGCUUCCACUACGCUGGGCCCGCGAGCAGAAGCACCUCUUUGAUCUGGUGCUGGUGUGCACCGACAACCAGACCCAGAGCUGGUCCAUCCAUCCUGCCCAGGCCCUGAAGGAGUACCGGGAAAGCUGCAGCUUACCAGAUACCAGGUUUAUUGUAUGCGCCAUGUGCAGCCAGGGCUUCUCUCUGGCACCCCCCGACGAGCUGGGUAUGCUGGAUAUGGCUGGCUGUGACAGCCACACCUUACAGCUGAUACAGGACUUUGCCAAAGGCGACUUCUGAGCCACCGUCCCUCUCUUUCCUGUUUCAUCACAGCUUCGAGCCUAUCUCCUGGACACCCUGAACAAGGCAACAGUCCAGACUCGUUCCCAGGGCCCAUCAGCAGCAUUGCCCUUGGCAGGCACUCCUGCGGCCCCUUCAGAAAAUCACAGUUCUGGUCUCAUCCUCUUCCUGAACGGCAAGAGCAUCUUCUGAUGUCAUGAGCCGUUGUCACCAAUGUAGGCGCAUAACUUCUGUCCUUGCAUCUUUCCUUUCUUCUGUCAUUCCGCAUGGUACCUGUCCUGACUGAUGUUCCUGGAGCAGCUGGCCACAGCGCUAAAAAAGGGUAAUGUAAAGUGUGACAAGCAGGCAGCACGACAGCACCUGCUUUUAGCUUCGUUGUUUAAAACACCACUGUCAUCUUAUCCCAACCGCUAAAGUGAAGAUUCAAAGUCAUGAACAGUAGGUGAAAAAGUUGCAGAGGAUCCGCAAGCAUAUUCUUAUGAGACGGGAACACGAAAGCAUUUAUAUUGAAGUGCGCCAACUAUUCUCCCCUUCGAGUCAGGACUCCCCCAUCUGCUGUGGGUUUUCCUUUCCCACACUGCAGCUGCUGGUGGUUGCUGCGGCAGUUAUUGGCAUCGGCGUAAGUUUCCACAGGGAGAGAUCGCAUGCUUUCUGGAGGCUGCUUUUGUGGACGCCUGCUUGGUGCACGCUAUCACCAACCUAGCCAAGAAACACUUUCACUUUAAUAAUCGGAGGCUUGGUCUGGAACCAAUGUUUUGGCAGGGCAGCACGCAGGCAUCGCAUAAAAAUGCUCCCACGGAAAAAAAAAAAAAGCAGUUGUUACUUCAUGAAUGUAAACCCCUUUGUAUCGGCUCUAGUCGGCUUCCCUUGCUGGCCCAUUAUUGGUCAUUCACUUCUUAAUGCAUUUGUUGCUUUGAGCGUAUUUAUUAAGUUUGAGAUGAGUCUGAAUGGGCAAUGAAAAGCAUCCAAGCCAAAUGGUGGCUGGCCACAAGACCAAUGCCCACAAAGUGAUUUGCUCUCAUGAAAGACAGCUGUCCAAAAAGCCUAGCAAAAACAAACAAAAUGAGGGAUAAGUUGAAAACACUGCCACUGUGACUGCAAUGAAACCAAGUGAAAAUGUGUGUUCCUCACUUAGUGCAACUUAAGAAGCUUCCAUCUUGUAGCCCUUAUUUUUCAGUGGUGUUGUUAAUGACCUGAACGUUGCAGGUUCAAUCCCGGCUGCAACGGUCGCAUUUCGAUGGAGGUGAAACACUAGAGGCCCGCGUACGUAGAUUUAGGUGCAUGUUAAAGAACCCCAAGUACACUCAAACCUCGAUAUAAUGAACACGGAUAUAACGAAUUAUCGGUUAUAACAAAGUAAACGAAGAAUAGUGUUGUCAUAGAUACAGUGUUGCAAAUAAACGUUUAUAACGAAUUUUCGGAUAUAACAUAGUUAUUUUCGUGGCAGAUGUGACUUUGUUAUAAUGAGAUUUGAGUGUAAUCGAAAUUUCCAGAGCCCUCCACUAAGGCACGCCUCAUAAUCGUAUCGUGGUUUUGGCAUCUGAAACCCCAGAUAUUAGUACUUCAGUGGUGUCUACUUGAGUGUGGCUUUUUGUGCAGCCACUACUAAUGCAGACACUUUAGCGUUCAUCAAGGUUUAGUGCUCCCCUUGUACUGCUUUGCAUUUCAUGACACUCUCUUUUUAGGCUCUACUCCCAGAGACACAGUUUAUGCCACAGUGCACACACAAAAAAAAGAAGCCGGAUCAUUUCACUGAAUGCAAACCAUUACUGCCAGCAGCAACCACUGGCAAAGCCUGAUGUCUUAUUAGCCUUUGCCAUUGCUCAUACUAGUUGCAUGAAACCUUGAGCACAACAGCAAAGGUAUGUGUGGUCAAUAUACUAGCAUUGCAAGUGGCAGUGUAAAGACAGGAGAAAGAAACAAAUGCAGUGUUGUGUUUAUUGUAUCAAUGUGUUGCCUCUUGCCUCCUUCCAAUUUUUAUUUUGUGUUUUUGCCUGUUUUAUAUCUAUGGCACAUUAACGAGCCCAAGUUCUAACGCAUCUAGUUUUUCAAGAUUGCCUUUUGACAUUAAUGACUUUUAACUCAACAUGAAAGCAAAUUGGGAGAGGGAACGUGUGUUUACCAAUGUGUAGUUCGGGUUAUGCUGCUCAGUUUGUAGGUUUUUGCACCUGCUUUGUUUUAAUGUGUAGCAUUCUGAAUUGCAUCUUACGCAUUCUUUAGAACGUAGGUAGGUUUCUGUUCCACAUUGUUCAGAAGUCUUCAAUACAUAUGCAUUCAAGCAUCUGAUGGUGUGGUGAGACCUCGUUCCCCUCUUCGAGCAACACCUCGGUGCUCUUAACCAUUCAGCCACCAUCACAUGCAUACUUCUGAUAUCCCAAUUUAAGCUAUAGCUCCUUCAGACAUCUGCCACAAAGUAUAGUGCACUGCUAAAGCAUGCUCCAGUCUCCAUUCACUCACCCUCACGAAUGAAUUAUGCGAGUUAUGCGUAUUAAAAUGUUUCGUAUGUUGUCCAUAAGAUUGUUAUGGAAAUCUAGUGGAAUUUAUGUGCAAUUCACAUACACUCCGUAAAAUUUUCGGAAAUCAUAAGUACUUAUUGGCAUAGAGUUUCAUAUAGAUACACUAGAGGGAACUCUGGCGUUAGUGCCUAUGGGAGAUGCAACGCAUGGCGCUUCAGCCCAGCAUGGGAAUAAUGGGUAGUCCACAGAUUUGUCUAGACUUCGUUCUUUCGGCUCCGUUUGGCUCCGUGUCGCCUGCAUCUGCUUUCUCGCAAAACGAAGUUCAGCAAAAGUCAGCUGUUCCACUUCACCACUUUAACUUUUUUAGGCUCACCAAUUCAAAUCUGGUCACGAAGUUCACAACAAUCCAUUCUUUUAUCCGAAAGAAAACCAAAAGAUAGCAGUAAACAAAGCCACAAGUGCGUUCGAAGCCCGCAAGUACGAAGGCUAGGCAAAUUUGUGUACUACCCAUCAUUCCCAUGGUAGCUGAAGGAUCGCAGCGCCAGAGUCCCUUCUAGUUAAUUUUAGAAAACUCUAUACUUAUUGGAAUGGCAUACAGAACAUUUCAAUAUAUGUAGUUGAUGACACCACUGACUUUCACGUGCAUCAUGACACUUAUGAAAACAUUGCUUAUGAAAACUGGAGCAUGCAGAUUUCUCCCAUUGUUAGAUCCUGUGCUAGGCAGCAUCGCCUCCAGGAUCAAACCAAGUUGUAAUGAAGCAGGUUGUGAUGUUUGUUCGCAGGAGUACAAAAAAUCAGCCACCAUGCUCAGUCUCGCACUUAAUACAUAAUUGCUUGGCAUUCAUAAGAAUGUCGGUCCGUCUGGUUAACACGUCGAACAACCGCGCAUGGUGCUGCAUUGCUAGUUGAUUACAAAAUGCUUUGCUUAACAUUGAUUUUCACAGCGUGUGCUUGUUGCUUCUAGUUUUCCAAGAAGUUUACGCUUGGCAUGAAGUUAUUUUAGAAGUAAAAUCUAUGGAUUAACCCUUUAAGGAUGGUCAGAAAAUGAACAAAAGCUCACUGCACACAUGCGAGCUUACUAUCGUAGUCCAAGGCCUGUUCAAGAUCGCUUGCAAUUGAAAGGGCUAAACUCUCGAGUAACCACGGUUUCUUUCAUUUCCCGCACAACUAGAAGCCUGCACUUCCACCAUGGGGGAUGCCAUUUUGAAAUAGAAAUGUAGCUAGUAACAAAAGAAAAGUAUGAUUUCGACCUUACACUUGAACAGAUCCUUGGAGGUCUGUUAUUGUUGUGGCACUAUUUCGUCCAAUCAUCGUAGCACCUGGAUGCCCCCGCUGCACACCGGUGCAAUUUGUCAAAGGUGGCAUAAGUCAACUGAUUUUCCGUCCUUAAAGGGUUAAGCGUUAAUGCUUGUAAGUUCAGUGAAAAAUGUGGUUCACUCGGGCCCGGUUUUUAAAAGCUGUGCCGCAUCUGUGAAAAAUACUUGUUCCACAGCAGAGAGGUGAGCGUUCUCGCUUGUGUUAUGCUCGCCACCUAAUCCCCCCUCUCUUCCGCCAUGAUGCAUUACUGUACAGUGUAAGCAAUGUGUGGGUGCAUGUUGAUAUGCAAUGGUUCAGUGAAUACGCAGUUACCAAAAUUGCAAGUCGCAGAAUCAUUUUGGAAGUUGUCCUACUUGUAGAAUCGCAAGAUCCAUUGAGACUUUCACCUUGGUUGCCACAUGCCAAAUUUCUUUGACGCGUCAACCUGCAUUUAUAAGAACAUCUAAUUUUUUUUCGAAGAAAUAGCCAAUAUAUCUCGAUGUUAACCCCGAAAACAAGGUGGCAUAUUUGUUACAAGUUUUUCGUGCGUACACAAACAGUUGAAACAUCAUGUGGAUGUGGCUGGUGCUGUCACGUGUCACUGGUUGUUGAAGCCUUUGUAGACUAACAUGACUAGAACCUUGUACCCAGUGUAGAAACAUGUUAUGACCGUAAUAUAUCAAAGGCUGUCAUGGUUAGUGAAAUUUUUGUAGAAAGAAUGCAUCCACUCGGACACUGUAUGGCAUGCAUCACGUCGCAUGUGUCCCAUUUCCUGGUACGUGUGUGGACCGCGAUCCAGACGCCACACAAAGACCUUGCACAUGCCAUCUGGAAAUUGUCACGUUCGUGCCACAUUUGUGUUCUGACAUUCGUGGAGCCACUAGGAUCUAAGGAAAAAAGUUCAAACCCUUCAAUAAUCUUGUUGCCAAAUCCCAAGUGGUAAUAGUCGUCUUUCCUGCCUGCAUUUUUUUUCUUGAAAACUUAGAGUUCGCUACUUUCCUGUGAAGUCGACUGCCGACCCAAAGGUCGGGGGAUCGAAUUUUGGCCAUGGCAGCCGCAUUUUCGAUGGAGGCGAAAAUGCUAGAGGCCCGUGUACUUGGAUUAUUUAGGUGCACGUUAAAGAACCCCAGGUGGUCGAAGUUUCCGGAGCCCUCCACUACGGCGUCCCUCGUAAUGAUAUCGUGGUUUUGGGACGUAAAACCCAGCAAUUGAUUAUAUACCUUCCUGUGAAGUAUGCUACAGCACAUUCACAAUGUGCGUGCCAUUUACGACCCGGAAAGGUCGUGCACACGGCGUUAAACAGAGGACAGGCACUCAAGACGAGAGAAGAAUGUUUGGGGACAAGACAGGCACCAAAUGGUGCACAAUUAUGACACAAAUAUUUCGUUGCUUUUGAAUUCCACGCAUACUGUUCGAAUUGGCAUUGGUGCUGCUCUUUCGAGUUGUUUGAGAAGGCUUCUUAUUGUGUCGCUAUUUCCUGCACGCUGCAGUGCUGGCUUCUUUCAGUGCAGUGGAUGGGGUUAUUUGUUAUUUCAGGGAUGAGUGUGGUGCAAACUUAUCAGCUUACUAUUGCUGCCAUGUUUCAAUUGCACGAGCAGUGCCACUUGUUGCAGUGUUUGCGAAGUAACGCACUUUGCACUGCUGUGCAAAGUGCACAAAGUAUUAGUUCGUCACAAGCAUUAGCGAGCAUUCAUGCAAGCUGUGCAAGCAGUUAUGUUUUAACUGAUGUGGACUGUGAUGAAGGAUAAAUAAAUUGUUUCGAGGGGGAUCUGAAUUAAGCUUUGUGGCGUGGCAGCCCUGAAAGUGUGGCCUGGUGAAAUUUGCAACAGAUGGCGCUGCUUGUGGUUUCUGAUAUGGCAGUGCCCUGUGCACUCGUGGUACCCCGGUGUUUAGAAAGUUAUGCAUAUAUUUAUGUAGUACACUACGUCUCUCUAUUCUUUACAUGUGUUAUUUAUUAUGCUUUUAGUGUGGUGCAUGCAGCCUUCUGUUGCAUUCUGAUGGGUUUUGCAUCAUGGUAUUUCUUAUUUAUACACACAUACAUAUAUACAUAUAUAUAUAUAUAUACAUGUUUUUCUUCUUGCAUGUUUCAUAUGGGUCUUGAAUCAAGUCAUUGCCGUGUCAACCAUUAUUGGCACUUGCAAAUUCUUGUUAAGUGGACUAGGCUGAAUUGUUUUAGUUGAGUGUUUGUGUGUGUUUCUUUCUAAUGCCAUUUACUAAAAUGAAUUUAUUAGCACUACGCUUGAAGGACAUGUGGAAUGGCUUAUAAAGAUAAACCUCUCUGCUUCUUCACUUUCUCACACAUCUUGCGUUUUACCCAUGCAAUUAGUUGAAAUGACCUCUAAAGCUAUCGCUAUUUGCUUGAUGUUUAUUUUGUACUAGUAUUGCGAGAGGGUAACACAAUUUGGUUUGUGCUUCAUGUUUGAUAGUGUGAUUUCUAAACCAAUAGCUGUCUACUGAAGCUGGAAAAGAUGAAAGAAAAUGUCUGGCACUGCUGCCAUUUUGAACACUGCAUCCAGCCAUCUCUUGAAAGCCACAUACAUAUACACGCAUUAAGUGUCAUGAUGUAGCAUCUGCAGCAGUGUUAUGUUCUACAUGCACAUCAUGUGAACGGACAAAGGACCUGUUUUGUGUGUACAGUGUCAUUGUAGCCUUUGUCAGCUCAUGCUGUAUGUGCGAUGCCUCGCCCACUAGCCCAAAGAAAUGUGUUAACUGUGAUGUCCUGCGUGUUGCCAUGAAGAGACCAGAAGCCAUGCGGAUGGCUGGAUGCACAAAUAUGCCUUAAAUUAAACAGGCCGUCAUGACGUUAGACAGAGUGAAAACUGAUAAUCAUCACUGCAAAUAUGCUAUCUGAAGCAAUUAUCGUUACUUUAUUUUUUCCUGGUUGACAAGCGUGUCUAAAAGCAACAGCCACAUCAUGAAGUUAAUACUGGGACCCUUUGGAGAUGCACAGUUGCUUUAAUAGAUGGCGGUUAAUUGUAGUUGGUUGUACCUUAGUGUCGUUAGAGGUUCAUUCAGAGUGUGUGAGAGUUUUACUUCAAGAUCAUUUUAAGUUUGAUGUCUUUGUAAGAAGGGAGCAGCAUCGCAUUGCAUUACAAGUGUUAAACUCUGCUGCCUGCCAGAUGUUUUCAUAUUUAAUCUUUGUGGUGUUUUACGAGUACUUUAGGGUCUUCUCAUGCUAUGUUUUAUUGCUGCUGCUGUGACAUCUUCAUAUGGAAAGCCGCUAGCUGUCUUCAGUUUUUUUAACGGUAGGAUAGAUUAUGAGUGCAUUUUUCUGCUUGGAAGUAUUGUAGUGUGAGCUCAGAUAGGUUGUAAGUACGCAUGUGGUGAUGUUUUCAUCCCAUGUUGUCAUGUUUACAUGCUUAAAGGGACGCUAAAGAUGACAUUGCACUUGAUUUUAGAGUAAUUCUACAGUGUUCAAGGGUCAUGCUACAAAGUAUUCUAUAGAGCACAGGGGCACUGUUUCAGUUCUUGACUGCCAUAGCUGCACUUUAGAGCUGGAAUCAAAAAAAAAAGAGACAUUUGUUCACUUGGGCGCAUGCAUGAACAUAAACAGCUUCUGAAUAAAUGGCCAUACACUGCCUGUCCUUCAACCAUAGAAUUUUAAAGGGGAGCUGUUUAAGCUGUGCAUUGCUCCAUGACGCGUGAACAUGAUCACCAUCAUGAACCGACACGCGCUCUCUUCAUCUUCUGCUUCGCUCCCAGAACACGUGCGCCGGUUUGUCCGGCGUGGGAUGCAAUAACUCUGAUGUGCGAAAGAACGAGUACAGAGAGAGAGAAAAAGGGAGAGAAAAAAGAGAAACAGAAAUUCUUGUCGAAAGAAGUUCCUUGGCGAGGCGGAAUUCGAACCCGCAUACCCAUGAUCACAAGGUGAGCGUCGUAACCACUCGGCUAUCCAGGCACACUAGCAGAGCAAAGCCUUGCAUAGUACAGUAUAGCAACGGGGUGGGAAAGGGAAGUGAGCGUGAGGAGAGAAAGUGGGAGUGGAGAGAGUAAAGCAUAGCGUAGAAAGAAUGAGAUAGAGGGAAAUAGAGAGAACGAAAUAUAUAUAGAGAGAAAUAAAUAGAAAGAAAAAAGAAACAAGCAAGAAAUACAGAAAGAGAAAGAAAGGGAAGAAUUUGAAAGAAAGAUAGAAAGAGCAGGAGAGACAAAGAAAUAGAGAGAGAGAGAAAUAGAAAUAAACACACACAAGAAAGACAUAAAAACUGAGAGAAGGAAGAAAAUAAGAGAAACUAGGAAGGCCGCCCAUGCUUCGCACUUCCUUCAUGCUUGGCACCACUAGUGCAAAACUGCCUUAAUUUUUAUUAUUAGUGUCCUAUUAGUAUCUUCUUUAUUAGUAUUCUUAUUAGUAUUAUUAGCCUUAAUUUUUUAUUUGUAUUAGUUUUCAGUAGGUUAUGGUGGUGUACUAAGUUUGUCAUCAUAGUCAGCGCAGAGACACAUGCGCUCUUCACUCAUAUUGAUCGCUAGUUUGAACAUUCAUUUCCCACGAGCAACAGCUUACUACAGUAGAUCUAUAUCUUGCAGCAUCCAUCUUUGCAGCAUUGGAACUCAAAAAAAACCGUGGAUUAAUCAGUCGGUGAAUUUUUCUCUUUAAUGUCGCUUUGAUCUCUCAAUCUCACCUUUGGUAUUCUUUCAUUAGCGUCCCUUUAACAUGUGCAUGUCUGUCAUGGUAAGACACAAAAUGUGUACGCACAUCUUUUGUGUCUUUUGUAUGCGCAUCUACCAGUCCGUUUAGAACCAAAGCUGUAAUUCCGUGCAAUCUUGAAGUGAGGUUGAGCUUUGUCAUUCUGUAGCGCUAGCAUUCUGCAAAGGAUGGUGCCUGUGGUGUGUUUGUUCAAGACCCAUCCUGCUUUAAGCAUCGACCAAAGGUGUAGGGUCAAAAACUGUUUUUCCUGCAGCGGUAUAUAUGUAUAUAUAUACUAUUCUGGAUAAUAAAAUGCUUUCUUACUGUA